AAUAUUUUUGCUUUUUCCCACAACAUCGUUGCGACAUCCACAAUGCCUUACGUUGAAUCCAAGUUUGACCCCAAGGACAUGCAGUUCCGUCCUUUGGGCCCAAAACUGGCUGGUCUCAAAGUCUCGCUCUUCUCUCUCGGCGGUUGGUUAACCUACGGUGGGACGCAAAAGGGAAACAUUGUCAAAGAAUGUAUGGAAGCUGCCUGGUCCCAUGGCAUUAAUUUCUUCGAUACCGCCGAGGUGUACGCCCAGGGCGAGUGCGAGGUGGAAAUGGGAAACGCUUUCAAGGAACUUAACUGGCCCCGGGACGAAUACGUCUUGUCUACCAAAGUCUUUUUCGGAACAGGCCGUAAAGAGCCAAAUACCAGGGGUCUAAGCAAGAAGCAUAUCGUAGAAGGUCUCAAGAGUUCGCUGGCUCGCCUGCAGCACUCAUAUGUUGACGUUGUCUUUGCGCAUCGCUACGACCCGGAGAUACCGAUGAAGGAAAUCGUCGAAGCUUUCACUCAGACCAUCAACAUGAACCUCGCAUACUACUGGGGCACCUCGGAAUGGAGCGCCGAGCAGAUCUUGGAAGCACACGAGAUUGCUGAGAAAUACAACUUGAUCGCACCCGUAGUUGAGCAGCCACAAUACAAUGCUUUCCACCGCGAGAGGUUCGAGAAAGAGUACGCUCCCUGCUGGGAGAAGGGCAUGGGUAGCACCAUCUGGAGUCCUCUGGCUUCAGGUAUCUUGACUGGCAAGUACGACAAAGGUAUUCCAGAGGGUUCCCGCUUUGCUACAAACAAGGACUUCUUCAAGGAUUCUGCUGCGAAGCUUCAGUCCGAGGAAGGUCAGGCGAAGCUGGAGAAGGUUCGACAAAUGGGGAAGAUUGCGGAGAAGAUUGGCGGAAACACCACCCAACUUGCCCUUGCCUGGGCUGCGAAGAACCCUAAUGUCAGCACCGUCAUUCUCGGAGCGUCUAAGCCUGAACAGGUCCAUGACAACUGUAAGGCGUUGGAGCUCUUGCCCAAACUUACCGACGACAUUAUGAAGGAGAUUGAGGACAUCCUCAAGAACAAGCCUUGA